UAGGUUUUUGUCCAUAAAAUGAAGAACAGUAAUGUGGUUAAAAAGAAAAAGACCUUUCUACACCGUUGUUAUUUGUGUUAUUAAUUGACAACCAGUUGUUUAUGUAUGCGGGAUUUGCAUGUUUGUCUGAAACAGGUGGCUUUUACAGAGAUUCAGAUCUGUUACGCCUUGGUGUUAAGUUCGUAAACGUAGAUCAUGUGGCACGAAGCGCGACGGCAGGAGAAGAAGAUAAGAGGGCUGAUGGUGGAUUACAAGAAACGGGCAGAACGACGCAGAGAGUUCUAUGAGAAAAUUAAAGCAGACCCAGCCCAGUUUGUGCGUGUGUUUGGCCAGACUUGCAAGAUUGCACUGGAUCCAGCCAUAUCCCUGGCUGCAGAGAGUCCUCAGACUAUGAUGCCCUGGCAGGGUGACACCAGCAACAUGAUUGACAGGUUUGAUGUGAGAGCCCACCUUGAUAUCAUGCCUCCUGAGAAAUCUUACACUGUUGAACUGACCAAGGGGGAGGCUUCAGACGAGAGAAAGGCCAACUAUGAGAGGUAUAGGAUACUGGUGGAGAAUGAAUGUGCCGGACUGACAGAAGAGCAGGCACUUCACCAGUUAUACAUUGAUGAGCAGUUUGGAGCCAUCAAUAAGGACAAUGAGGAGGAGAAACAGAAACUUAAAGACAAGAAGGCAGCUAUCGCCUACAAGUACGAGGACAGUACGGAUCAGAAAGCCGGCACGGACAGCGAGGGGUCCGAGUCAGAGGAAGAAGACAUAGAGACAUUUGACCUCGAUGUGGUUCUUGAUGUGAAUAAUCUAACAGAGGAGCAGAUAACUCAGCUGAAUGUCUGUGGCACGCAAUUUGGCAUGGGGAACAAGGACUAUAUCAAGUACCUGCGUCGUGACAAAGAUGAGCAGGAGGCCUUGAGACAGGCCAAGCAGAUAGAGGAGGAGAAGGCGCAGUUUGCUGGUCGCAAGUCUCGCAGGGAACGCCGCAUGUACAAGGAGAGAAUAUUGGCCGGACGUAAACUGAGUCCUCCCAGCUAUGCAGCCCGCGACAGCCCUACAUAUGAGCGAUAUGGAAGGUCGUCGUCGUCAAGAUCUCGCUCGCGAUCCAAGUCUCCGCCGCGGCACAAACGUCGCAAGACGUACAUCACCAGCUUCGGGGGCAAUGAUGAUAGCGAAGGGGAGGGGGUCGUACAGGGCCCUGCUCUGCCCCCAGGGUUCCUCCCCACAGCGCCUGGGUCAGCUAGCGAGGGUACACACCCCCACACCUCACCCUCAUGUGAUCAAAAAGAGAAGAAAGAGACACUGAGUCAGAGACUGCGUCGUUCCCUGACUCCAGAUGGCACUGGAUCUCCUAGGAGUAAGGACAUCGAGUAUUCCUCGCAGAAAGCUAAUGAUUCUUCAAGUAACCAGAAAAAGUCAAGAUCAAGAUCACGCCAGAGGUCAAGGUCUCACAAUAAACUCUCUAGAAGAUCAAUCGAACGAAGACCUAGGUCAAAAUCUAAUGAUAGAUAUCGUAGGUCAAGGUCACGUGAUAGAAGUAGAAGAUCAAGGUCUGGUGAUAGAUUUCGAAGAUCUAGAUCACGCGAUAGAGGUAGAUGGUCAAGAUCUCGUGAUAGAAGUAGAAGGACAAGGUCACGUGAUAGGGUUCGUAGGUCAAGAUCUAAUAAUAGAAGUAGAAGGUCAAGGUCUCGUGAUAGAAGUCGUAGAACAAGAUCACGUGAUAGAGGUCGAAGGUCAGUGUCAAGGUCACGUGAUAAAAGUAGAAGGUCAAGGUCACGCGAAAGAAGUCGAAGGUCAAGGUCUAGAUCAGGUGACUGGAGGAAUGCAUUGACAAAACGUUCCAAAGAAAGGUCACCAAAAAGGUCCCGUAGCAGUAGGUCACAUGACAGAACAAAAAGUGGACGUUCACGUGACAGGUCAAGAAGCAAACGCUCUGAAGAGAAAUCACAAAGUAGGCAUUCUCGCAGUAAGUCACAAGCUAAAAGAUCUCGUGAGAGAUCAAAAGGUAAAACAUCACCACGAUUAGAGUCUAAGUCAAAGGCAUCCAGAUCACCUCAGCCCACUGAGGUCAGAAGGUCAAGGACAAAAUCAAGUUCAAAAUCACGAAGUUCAAGUAGAUCCAGAUCAAAAUCCUUGGAAAAAGAAAAAGCAGAGUCCCCUGUGAAGCCGGUGAUCAAGAGGUACCGUCGUGACCCCACCCCCUCCUCCAGCGACCUUGAGGACUCCGGGGAGGAGGAGGCCACCACAGCAAGAGUUGCAGCCCCAGCAGCCCAAGCUGGGAACGGUCGAGCGCCUGGGGUGUAUGGUAAUGCCACCAGUCAGUCCCAACCGAAGCUUACGCCACAAGAAAAAUUGAAACGCAAGAUGCAAAUAGCUCUCAGCAGGCAGUACAAGGCAGACAAAAAGGCUGAAGUGAUAAGGCAUGAGAAAAUGGAGCAAGAAAAACUGGACCGAGAGGAGGAGCUACGUCAGCGUGCGGUAGAAAUGAGGCGCCGUGAGCGUGAGAGACGGCACCGUGAGAUGGAGGCUGGCAGCAGUGACGAGAGCAGCUCCGGGGCACGCGACCCGGACCGGGAACCAAAAGCAGAGGCCAAGUCACCACUGCCCAAACAGUACGCGCGCUCGCCCUCAAGACGUGACACUGGGAGGUCGCCCGGGAGACGAGAUGGAACGAGGACUGCAUUGAGGGACGCUUGGUCAAGGUCACCAGGCAGGGGCGACCUCAGCAGGUCACCGCGCAGACCAGGCAGUGGGUCAGAUGAACGACAUGACAGCCGGAAUAAGGUGUCAAACAGCAGCAGGUCAAGGUCGCAAUCAAGGUCACCCAAAUCAACCAACCGAUUAAAGAUUGUUGACUACUAGACUUGCAGGCAGCCUGUCUGCACAUGAGACCUGGAUCCGUAUCCACCAAACUAUUCUUUGACUUAUGUAAAAAAAAAAAAGAAUAUUCUUACAAAUUUUAUGUUCCAUUAUUACAAUCACACACUUAUAAUUACAUCAUUAUAAAAUUAGAACAAUUUGUUAACAACAUCAUCACCUUUUUCAGCAUGUAUACAUGUAUAUUCAAUCUAGGAAGAAAUGUUGUGUCAAAGUUUAUAAUUUAUUAAUAAGUCUAAGAAUCAGUUGGUGAAUACGAACCCAGUGUUGGCGCCUUUCUUCAACUGAGAUCAGUGUUGGGGUGUUGGGAGGAAGAGUCGGAUUUGUGACCAUUUACUUGGCCAUUUUUCCAACAUUCAGUCAUGGUUUUAUCAUACAUCACUGCUUGUUUGGUAAUUUGUUUAUUAUAUGCUUUAGUGUAAAUGCAUGUGUAAUUCUGAAAAUUCUAGGUUGUUUUGCAGAACAAUCAAUUAGAAUUAACUUUUGUAUAAAAUGAAAGAAAAGCGGUACAUGAUGCAUUGAACGAUAAAUUGCUGUCAAGCACAUGAGGUGCUUACUUACUUAUUUGAAGACCAGUUGUAAUUCUUGAAGCUUUUCAUUAUGCAUUUCAAAAAAUAUUUGUGACUGAUUCACAAGUCAUACAUUUAUUUUGAGUUUCAAGAAUUUAUGCAAAUGGUGUCCUGGUUAGAUGUGUCCCAUCUGGGAAAACUGGGCUUAAUGCAUGUGAGUGAAGAGCUGUCCGUGAUAUAGUGAAGAGGUGUCCCGAAUAUGCCUGUGUGGUCCACACAGGUUAAUUGGGGAUGACACUUUCUGCCUUAACUGGACUUUAUCGAGAAAAGUGAAUUCUUUUGAACAAAAAAUUCCAUUAACUCUUUCAGUGCUGGAAUUGUGAAGGAUUUUGCAAACAGUUUGGAUCCAGAUGAGACGCCACAGAACGUGGCGUCUCAUCAGGAUCCAAUCUGGUUGCUAUUCUGAUAGUAUUCUUUAAAAAAAAAUCGAAAAAAAUGCUAAUUUUAGAAAUUCAGCAGGCGACAUUUUAGCAGACGACAAAUUUCCCAGCAUGCAAAGGGUUAAAGACUGCACAGGCUAAUCUAAGACAACAUUAUAUGCAGAAGCAUUUAGCCCAGAUUUAUUAGAGGGAUUCUGAAUGGCCAUCUAAUUAUACCAAAAUGUUUGAGCAUAUUCCAGCAGGAUUAUUUAAUUACCCAUCCAUUUUAUCAUUUUCCAGUCACUGAUGCAUGAAGUGGAUAUGUGUAUUACUGUAUAUUUUAAAUCUCUUCAAAUAAAAAUAAAACUGA